GGAUAACAUCCAUGGUAACCAUAUCAAAUGAAUAAGUUCUUUUAAAAUUCAGAAUGUUUUCAAUACACCAAAUUCAUAGUAUAUUUUGAGUUGUUUGCAAACCUAGCUGUUUAAUGCAGAAAACUAAAAAUUACUUGAGCAGACUCCAAACAUUUAAUGAGCUGCAUUCAAUAAAGUGUUGAAGGGGACCAAGGAAGGCAAUGUUAGUAAAUGGAAGUGCAUGAAUUAACCUAAAAAAGCGAGACAUCAUAAAUCAUAUGAUCCAAAAAAGUGCUGUAAGAGAAAGAAUUCAAAUUUGAAAAAUAAAUAAAAAUUGAUUCCAAACGAGGAACAGGAAAAUGAUUUAAAUAAAAUGAGCAAACGAACGCUUGAAGAGGAAAUUUGGAAAGAAUGAGCAAGCCGAAAAGUAGAUGUAUUUUCAACAUAAGAAGCCAUGUGAAAUCUUCUCGGGAGUGUGGAUGUCCAAAUGAGACUUCGGCCGAACCUCAACAAGAAAACACCAACAUACAAGAAAAAAGUAACGUUGAAUGUGACGAAAAAAAAUUUUAUGAUGGGUAUCCCCACCCAAUUCUUAAAAAAGUUUUAUCUACAGCACAGCAAAGCAAUAAUCAAAAACUUCAAAGAGAAAGAUACCAUUCGAUGGUAAAUUCUGACCUCUAUGCAAACAGGCGGGAAACUUUAAUACAACGCACAAACAGAGAUCAGUACAAGAGACCAUUGGAAGGGUCCAGGGCACAAGAAAAAAGUGCUAUCUUUGAAAGUACUACAACUCAGUGUGCAAGCAGUAUUAAAAAUGAUGUUGCUUAUAAUACCAGGAAACAAAAUUUUCACCCCAAUUGUGUUGAUGUACAAUUUAGGGAAAACUUAGGAGAAAUCAAUACAAUGAAUAAAGUCUGCAUUCAUAAUCAUGUGGCAAACCACAAUCAUGUGAGAAACCAUGAUCAUGAGAUAAACUAUAACCAUGACGCAAACCAUGUGGACCACUGCCAUGGAGUUACUCACUGUCAAAAUCAUGGAAAUUACGCAUUUAGCCAUAAUAUGAUGCAUAAUUUUUGCUCUCAUAAUUCACGACAUCACUCAAUGGAUGAUUCUUUAGCUAACAAUAUUCAGUAUCAUAAACUUCACCAUUGCGACAACCAUCAUGCAAAGAAAUCUUGUCAUCAUUUACAUGGAUUGAGUACUGAAAAUUCGUUUGAUAGAGGACAGUUAGCUCCCUCACACCAAAUUGAGCUAUCCUACAUUGAACAGAUACUAAAGAAGACUGAAAAAUACAAACUUGAUGGAAUGAACAACAAUGCUCCAAAGACUUACGAUGACAAAAAUACAAAAUCAAAGUACAAGCUUGCUCAGAGAUCAGAAUCAUUAGAUGAUGUUCCAACAACAGAAUAUCAGUCUAGUUAUGGGAAAUUUCAUGAUACCAGUAGCAUUCUUGAAGCAAGAAGAAGAAGUCUGAAGAUGGUACGUGACAGGAAUAGAGACUCAUUUUCAAAAUUCCAAAAUGAGCCAAAACCACUUUCAUCAAGAUUGAAGCGUGUAUCCUACGAAGGUGUUCCGAACACCUGGAACCUGGAAAGUGCUUCUGCCCCAAGGUUGAGAUGACAAACUUUAGCUCGAUAUUUGUAGUUGUCAGAAACAAACCCUCAAUAGAACAAGACCGUAAAAGCCUUAUUGAAACGAA